AUGUUGUAAUUAAUAUUACUCAAUAUAAUUCAUAUUAUUUAAAGCAAGGUAGAAGAGAAAAGCAAUUAAAUAGCACUGCCACCUUAAUUUCACUCUUUUAUUAUAUAAAUGCUAAAUAAAUUACUUUAAAAAACUAGAAAUGCAAAAUUAGGUGACUAAACUCCAACUAGCAAAUCAACAUCCUAAUCAGUAGCAGUGAGCAGCACUAAGCAAAAUAGUGAUGCUCAAAAAGAUAGUUACUUAUUUUCAGCUAAUUCUGUCACAUAAAUAUAAUUUUCAUCUCAAUAAGGUGUCAAAUAGUAAACUAGUUCAACAGUAAUUCAACAAAUACCUCCUUCUCUACAACGUUAGUCUAGCCCAGUAUCUAAAAGCUUGUAUAGCCCUAAUCAAAGCCUACAUAUGUAUAAUUCUCAUUAGCCAUCAGCGAGAUCCUCAGCUUCAGUUAAUAUAUAAAAUAAUUAAUUUGCAAACAGCGUUUAUAAUAGUAAUAAUUUAUGCAACCUUUAAGACAAGUAAAAAACUUCAGUUUAAAUCAGUACUAAUAACAAAUAAUAAUUGGAUGUUGCAUAAGAAAACAGUAAAGUUAAUACUCCUCAAACAAUUAAGUUUAAAUCUUUAGAUGCACAAAAUUUAUCGAUUCAAAGGGUAGCUGUUAAUCUGAGUAAUAUAGAAGAAUUCAAAGAAGGCGAUUUAAAAAAGGAUUAACAAAAAUAAUUGACAUAGGCAGCAAAUGAUUUUAGUCAAAGAGAAUAGGAACUCUAAGGAACUAUAAAAUCGCUUCAAACUAAGAUCUAACAGCUCGUUAAGGAGCUUGAAAAGCAAACAAAUCUCUCAAACUAGGCAUUAGAAGACAACUCUUUGUUUAGAAAGAAAUAUUAAGAAUUAAAAGAAAACUCUUCAUCGAAAUAGUAACAAUAGUAAUAAAACUCUCUCUUCGGAAGGUCUGACAGCAUCAGUUCAUAACAGCCAAAUUAAUCUGACUUAAUUGCUUCAGUUUAAAUGUUAGAAUUGCAAGAAGAAAAUAAAAAGUUGAAAUAAAAAUUUUAAUAAGCAUAGUUGUAAGCAUCUUAAUGGCGUGAAAAAUAUGAAAAUUAAGAAAAAUUGUAUGAACAAUAAGAAGAAAAUCUAAAAGAAAAAAUAAAAGAUUAAUAUUAAAAGGAAAUACAAGCCCUAAAUAACGAGUUGAAUAAAUACAAAUAAUAAUCGUUUGGCAUAAAUAAAUCUAAAAAAGUGGCUUCUCUUCUAAGAUAAAGCAAUAGUAACAACACGAACAAUAUGUUGAAAGAGAAUAACAACAAUAAUAACUAGGCUUAAUAUUCUGAUGAUUGGCAUCAAAAUUACAUGAUUUUAAAGGAGGAAAAGGAAAAGUCAGAAAAAAUGUUGAAAAAGAGGAUUGAGUCUUUAGAAGAAUAAAAUGCUUUCUUAUAAAAUGAAGUUAACUAAUUACAUUAAAAAAAUGAUCAACUUUAAGGACUCUGUGAUGAACCUAAAUUCACUGUGAAAUAAUAAUAUAAUUAUAACCAGGAUUCUCAAUUUCAAAAUCGCAAAUCUAACAAUUUACAAGAACUUAAUUACUAUUUCAGCCAAAAUCUUAGUUGA